UGUUUUGCUCCUGAAUCUCCCUUCUCUUCCUCCGGGGUCUGGAGAACCGACCUCGGUAAAUAACAAGCAGAGAAACGGAACAUUCAGCUCAUCUAUAGCGGAGAACCGCGCUAGCUCUGCCUCGAGGAGCUCACCUAUAAAACAACUCCCGGUCAUUAUUUCUUCCACAUUGGAGCCGUCUUCCGCCGACAUCGAGCGAAGAGGUGCAGCCGAUCCCAGGCCUCCAAUCCAGGGCGGAGGGAGGGAAGGAGGUCGCUGGGGAUCGGGAUGGAGACCGGAGAGGCUGCCGGAGGGCCUGGCGGACCGGACGGACCUGACGGACCGGGGCUGCAGUUCGGCUGCGCUUCCUUCAACCAGGACUCCACGUCACUGGCUUUGGGAACAAAGACCGGCUACAAACUGUUCUCUCUGACCAUGGUGGACAAACUGGACUGUAUCCAUGAGAGUGCAGAGACCCCAGAUGUGUACAUCGUGGAGCGUCUGUUCUCUAGCAGUCUGGUCGUCGUAGUAAGCACCGCCAUGCCGCAGCGCAUGAACAUCUACCAUUUCAAGAAGGGGACGGAGAUCUGCAACUACAGCUAUCCCAACAACAUCCUGGCUGUCAAGCUCAACAGACAGAGGCUCGUGGUGUGCCUUGAAGAGUCCAUUUACAUCCACAACAUCAAAGACAUGAAGCUGCUCAAGACUCUGCUCAACACUCCGUCAAACCCCUCAGGUCUCUGUGCUCUUUCUAUCAACCAUUCCAACUCCUACCUGGCGUACCCCGGCAGUGCCACCAUCGGGGAGAUCAUAGUGUACGAUGCCAACAAUUUGAACACACUGACCAUGAUCCCGGCUCACGACAGUCCUCUGGCAGCUCUCACCUUCAACGCCUCGGCAACCAAACUCGCCAGUGCCUCAGAGAGGGGCACCGUCAUCCGAGUGUUCUCCAUCCCUGAGGGCCUGCGUCUGUUUGAGUUCCGCCGGGGCAUGAAGAGGUACGUCAAUAUAAGCUCUUUAUCCUUCAGCCCCGAUGGCCAGUUCCUCUGCGCGUCCAGCAACACGGAGACGGUGCAUAUCUUUAAACUAGAGCAACUGGGACCAAGUGGAGGGGACGAGGCUGCCACCUGGACAGCCUACAUGGGGAAGAUGUUCUCAGCAGCCAGCAGCUACCUCCCUGCUCAGGUAUCCGGCAUGAUGAGCCAGGACCGGGCCUUUGCCACCGUUCACCUUGUGACAUCCGGCCAGAAGAACGUCUGCACCCUAGCUAUGAUGCAGAAGCUUCCGCGGCUACUGGUGGCCACAGCUGACGGCCAGCUGUUCAUUUACAACGUGGAUCCACUGGAUGGAGGCGAGUGCGUGUUAGCCCACAAACACAGGGUUUUUGGUGUUGACCAGGGUGAAGGAACAGAGUCGGAAGGGUCAGAGGUCAAAGGGCCAGCACAGGCUUUUCCAUCCUACGCCGCGACCGCUGCCUUACCACCCUCUGGUCCCGUCACUGCAACCCUCACUGGCUACUCUGAAGACGGCGGGGCCAUUAAAGGCGAAGUCAUUCCAGAGCAUGAAUUCGCUGCCGGUCCUGUGUGUCUGGAUGACGAGAACGAGUUUCCUCCUGUGAGCAUCCAGAAGUGCUAACUGUCCGCUGUAGCUAGCUCUCCUACAACAGAUUAAUUGGUGCCGAGACGGGACUGGAGGUGGCCAGGCCAGGCGCUCGUGAAUGGGUAGAAGGACAGAUGGACAAACAGACAGACAAGUGGGAUGAUCAGCAAAAAAAAAAAAAAAAAAGUCUUUCAGGGUGCCAAGUUAUUUUUUCCAUUAGAGAGAAAAUAAUAUUGAUUAACAUUCAAGUUGACAUGGGAAAUAAAACACUGACCAAGAAGUAGAUAUCAUAUGGUACCUGGUCCUCAUACUACAUAAUGAUUGUGUUAAAGAUGCACUUCUGAUUUGGUCACAGCACCAAUAGCACCUCUAAACCUCCUUUCAGCUCACCGUUGACUUUCAAAACAACGGUGAGCUGAGAGGAAAUUCCUGAACUUGUAAGAUGCUGUUGGCUACUUAAAAAAAAAAAAAAAAAAAAAAAAAUCAGGGACUUUGUCUUUAAGGAGUGUUUUAUGAAAGUAUGAGGUGCAUGCUGGAGCAAGAAAUAUAACCACAAUUUUCAUAGCUUUUUUUACUUGACAAAUAUUUUAGGAAGUUGCGUUAUUGUAGCAACAUUUUUAUUUUUCUCAUUAAUAAUAUUUUAGUUCACGUUCAUGAUAAAUAAUUGUCAUUUUUAUUCUGUAUUGUAUUGACAUGUAUUAGAUGUUUCUCUGUGUACGCCUCCUGGAUACAGAAGGUGUUUAUGUACUGUACGUUUGUUUGUGCCUAUUAUCAUUUGUAAAAGAGCAAAAGUAUUUUGCUAAUUGCACAAGACCAAAACAAGUGAAAGAAACAAAGAAAUAAACACAGAGUGGAGUAAGAAUGAA